AUGAAGAUUUUGGAUGAGUCUCCUCAUUGUGACACCAGCUGCAAGCACGAGAGCGUAAAUGAACAGGAGACGCUGCUCCCUGCUCAUCCAUGGAAACCACACAUAAGCUUCCGCGUGUUUGUCAAAGGUUGUCUUUUAAAGAUAAAAUGUUCUCUGGAGAGAGUGUGCGGGAUGGAGUGGUAUGCCUACGGCGCUCUUGGAAUCUUCAGUGCAGUUCUCAGCUUUCUUAUGGACAUCAGUGUGAGCAAACUGCUGACAGCUCACCAGUGGCUUUAUACCCUGUUGGAAGGAAACAAUCUGCUGCAAUUCUUCUGCUGGACUCUUUACCCAACAUGCCUCUGUGCCAUGUCAUCUUCACUUUGCAAUAACAUUUGCCCCUUCUCCACAGGCUCUGGUAUACCAGAGGUGAGGACCAUGCUGACUGGCAUACAACUACCACAAUACUUGUCUCUCACUAACAUGUUCACCAAGUUCCUGGGUCUCAUUUGUACACUGGCAGCUGGGAGCACAAUUUUUCUAGGGAAAGUGGGCCCAUUUGUGCAUCUCUGCACCAUGAUGGGAAGCUACCUGAAAAAGCUGUGCGUGCUGCUUCAAGCCAAGAAGGAGAUAGCAGAUGGAGACAUAUUGGUUGUGGCUGCGGCAGCCGGUGUCGCCAGCUGCUUUGGAGCACCCAUAAGUGGCGUGUUUUUCAGCAUGGAGGUGAUGUCCUCUCACUACGCCAUGCAGAACUAUUUCCCGUCCUUCUUCUCAGCGGCCUGGGGCGCAUUGACCUUCCGCUUGCUGUCAGUGUGGCAUGGAGAUGAAGAGACUCUUCAGGUGUUGUUUAAAACCAAUUUCCCUACGGCUUUACCCUUCCUUCCGCUGGAGGUUCUGCUCUUUGCUCUGCUGGGGUUCCUGUGUGGAGCUGUUAGCUGUGUGUACCUCACCUUGCAUCGCCUCACACUGCAGCUCUUCACCAAAAACACCAGACUCAUCAACAUGCUGAAAACGGAGAAAGCACUAUAUUCUGCUGUGGUCAGCUUCUUUUUGGCAUCUCUCACCUUCCCUCUGUCUGUGGGUCAACACAUGGCUUCCAAGUCCACCAUGAAGCAGCUGCUAACCUCUUUACUGGACGAAACACCCUGGACGUCUCAAUCUCACAAUGCCUCUGUGAAGAUGGAGACAGAAUGGGGCUCUUCUGUGUAUGGCGUCUACCUAUCCCUGACUGUCUUUCUGCUCAUGAAGUUGUGGAUGUCAGUGCUUGUCUGCACUCUGCCUCUGCCAGCAGGGUACUUCAUGCCAGUCUUCAUCUAUGGGGCAGCCUUGGGCCGUUUACUUGCAGAGGGAAUAGAUAACUUGUCUUCCAGCACACAGGAAUGGGCUUCUUUAAAUCCUGGGGGGUACGCUCUUGCAGGUGCGGCAGCAUUCUCCGGGGCUGUAACGCACACUUUAUCACCGGCCCUCUUGGCGUUAGAGUUAACUGGUCAAUUCAGCCAUGUUGUUCCUGUCCUCCUGGCCACUCUGCUGGCCAAUAGUGUCAGUCGCUAUGGCGGUCGGCCGUCUUUCUACGACACUGUCUCCAUAUGCAAGAGGCUGCCUCACCUGCCCUCCCUCAUCCUAGCAUGCCCCAGGCUUCUCUACACGCAGGUGGGACAUGUUUUGGGAUCGACAAGAGUGCAGUUGCAGAAAACGGCUGGCUCAGAGGAGGUCCGACAUGUUGUCAACAGCAGCAGCGAGACACAAAUCCCUGUUGUGCACUCACAUGAUGUGCCAACGUUGCUGGGAUUUGUCACACGAUCAGAGCUGCUCAUGGUCCUGCGUCAAUGUGGUGCUUCUCAGAAAAUGGAGCAACAUUUAGAACAGGUGUGCACUAUUCAACCUACUUCUGCAACGUUGUCUCCGUACAACACCAUUCAGGAGACUCUCAGCAUCCUGAGUCUCGUUGGGGAUCAGCCGGUAUUUAUCAUUGACAGAGGAAGGCUGGCAGGCCACGUCACAUGGUCAGAGAUGAAGAGAAUUUUAGAAGACUUGGCCAAAGAAAUCUAA